CGGCAGGCCCAGUCCCCGGUCGCAGCGCCCGGGGCGGCUCCUCUGCGAGCCUGGGACGCAGCGCUCCCGCCGCUACCGCCACCGCCACGCGCGCUGGCGUGACUCCCGGCCCGCGCCCUCCCACGCCUGCUGCCGGCUCGGCUUCCUGCCCGCCCAGACGCCGCUUCUCCCGGGCUCCGGGCCUCGGCUCCGCGGAGGGAGCGGAAAUGAGUGCGGCGUCGGCGUCGGCGCCCGAGCGGGGUUGGAAGAGCGAGAAAGUGGACGAGGCUCAGGCCCUGGCGCGGAGUUGCGCUGCCCGCAGACCCGACUUCCAGCCGUGCGACGGGCUUUCCAUCUGUGCCACGCACAGCCACGGCAAAUGCUUCAAGCUGCACUGGUGCUGUCACCUAGGAUGGUGUCACUGCAAAUACGUGUAUCAGCCCAUGACCCCCGUGGAGCAGCUUCCGAGCACUGAGAUUCCUGCGAAGCCUCGGGAACCCACAAACACCAUUCAGAUCUCAGUGUCACUCACUGAACACUUUUUGAAAUUUGCAUCUGUCUUCCAGCCGCCCCUCCCCCCUGAUUCACCAAGGUACUGUAUGAUCUCAGACCUCUUUAUCGACAACUAUCAGGUUAAAUGCAUUAAUGGGAAGAUGUGUUAUGUGCAGAAGCAGCCAGCGCCGCAUUCCCACAAAAUGAGCCCCGAGGAGGUCUCUGCACAUGAUGCCUUAAUUUCAAGAGAGAGCAAUACACCAAAAAUAGAUCACUGCUCUUCUCCCUCAAGUUCUGAGGACUCCGGGAUCAAUGCAAUUGGGGCUCACUAUGUGGAAUCGUGUGAUGAGGACACGGAAGAAGGAGCAGAACUGAGUUCCGAGGAAGAUUACAGUCCUGAGAGCAGCUGGGAGCCGGAUGAGUGCACCCUUCUCUCCCCUUCACAGUCUGAUCUGGAAGUGAUUGAGACAAUAGAAACCACCGUGUGAGAGUCCAGGCAGGAAGCCACGGCCUCUGAUCCAUGCUGAGCCUUUGUACUUUUGUCUGAUGGAUCCUUUUUCCAAUGCAGUUGGUAUUUUCUAUCCCUCUCUAACAACCAUAGCAGUUCAGUGGUCUGCUGAUUAGCAUCACUCUUAAAUUAGUCUUAUAACUAAGACAUUCGUUUUCUUAUAAAUGGUUUUCUUUUGUAUCUUGACUUAUUUUCUAUGUAGCAUCUGGUGUCAUGAAUUGUGACCCAGCCUUAAUUUCACUGGGAACUUUGAAAGCAAUGAAGUGAUGAUCACAGAGUAUCAUGGAUCAGGUUGAGGAGCUACCCAGAGUGAAGGAGGCAGUGAAGGAGCUGGUUCUUCACAUACAC